AUGAUAAGAAUCACCCUGCUCAUUAACUGGUAUAAUGGGUUUCCCAUCCUGGGAAAUAAGGAAUUCAAGUCCUCUGCCUUAAUGGUAUCUGUCACAACAGAGUGUGAGAAAAGGACGGCAAUAAUUGGUUCAAAAAUGGUGCAGGUCAUUGACACUCCAGGCCUGCUUGAUACAUCUGUCUCCCAUGAGAAUAUACGGGAAGAGAUUAGGAAGUGCAUCACCAUGUCCUCACCAGGACCUCAUGUGUUCCUGCUUCUGAUCUCUGUGGGACGCUUCACCCAAGAGGAGAGGGAGACAGUGAAGAUGAUCCAGGAGAUCUUUGGAGAGUACUCAAAAGCAUACACAAUUGUGGGCUACACUAGAGGCGAGCUUCUGAGGGAAGAAAAUAUUGACAUUAAGGAGUACAUACAACAAAGUCAGCCGACCCUGCGGGCUCUAAUUGAGGACUGUGGUGGUCGGUACCACGUCUUCUGCAACAAGGACAAAGACACACAGAAACAUCAGGUCAUGUCUCUUCUGGGUAAGAUUGACAGAAUGAUUCAGCAAAAUGGAGGAAAAUUCUACACCACUGCCAUGUUUGAGGAAACAGAGGCAAAUAUCAGAGCAAGAGAGAUGAGACUGUUACUGCAGAGAAUGGAAAAACUGGAACAAUCAAAUACUGACAAAGAUGUCGCUUUUUUAGUCAGUGAAAUAUCCAAGAUCAAGCAGGCACUGGAGAGGAAGCUUAGGAACUUGCGUGAUAAUGGUCUCUGA